AUGGUGGAAGCGAUUCAUGAGGUUGCUGUUUAUCUUCAUAGGUUUCAUAACCUAGAUCUCUUUGAGCAAGGGAAGUAUCAGAUCAAGAUAUCCAUGAGAUGGGAAGACAGUGAAUUCACAUCAUCACCUGGUUCCCCUUCAAGAGUUGUUCAAUAUAAAGCAUCUGAACUCGGUUACAAUGAUAUUUUGGGGUCUUGGAGGAUUGAUGAUAUUGAUAAUAGUUUCUUAUCACAGCCUUUUCGUAUUCGAUAUGCAAGGCAGGAUAUUUUUCUCUGUGUCAUGAUUUCUUUCAACUUAUCUCUUGGUAAAUAUAAGGGUCCAAUCACAUCUCCUAUAAUUCUGAAGUUUGAACUUUUGUUUGCAUCUAUCAUUGCGACUCGGUCCAAUUUGCAGGUGUCUUGGGAUGCAGGCCCUGCAGCAGUCCAUGAAUUUCGGAUCCCACCUAUGGCUCUUCUAGGACUGCAUACAUAUUGCCCCGUUUAUUUUGAUGCUUUUCACUCUGUACUUGUUGAUACAAGCGUCCACAUCAGCUUGUUGAAAGGUUGUUCUUGUUCCAUGAAAACACCGAGCCAUCCUCAUGGCCAUGAAGAAACUGCCGAUGUGAAAUAUAAUAAGGCUAUUCAAGUCAUAUUUGUGAAGGCUUUUUUAACUAGUCAUGCAAUUCUACUUGAAGAGCUGAAAAAUCUUAGUAAAAUAUUUGAUCAAACAAUUGAUUUGACCGGGCUUGACGAGAAAAAACUCUUACCCAGUUCUAUACCUGCCACUGCUGAACCUUCUGAAGUGCCAGACAAGACACGAAAUGAUCUUAAGGAACGUAACAGUAUCAUUGGUUACCAUACUGAUUAUCUUUACUCCCUACAAACGGAUGAACUUUCCCGUCUAUUAGAUUUUCUUGGAGAUCAGAUUCUUUACUUAUGGAAGACAUAUUUGAACUGUCAUAGUUAUUUUCUUGUAUUUUUAUAUCUGAUCUGUUACUUCUUACUAAGGGAUAAUAAAGAAAGAAUCUUGGAGCAAUUGCAUGAUGUUUGGAAUAACGACCGUAGAACUGAAUGGUCAAUAUGGAUCAUAUCUUCAAAGGUUGAGACGCAUCGCUACUAUGACUCCAACAAUGGUCUUCUUGGGCAAGUCCAUGCUCGUCAAAGGAUUACACACGAUCCUGCAGAGGCAGCAGCAAAGCGUGCUGAGCUUCACCGUUGCAGUAUUGCACAAAUGAAGAUGAACAGUCGUUCUAUUCAGGACCUUCAAGUUUUUGGAGAUCCAUCACAUGCACCUAUUAUUAUCAUAGAACGUGUUGUCAUUGCAUCAUUGCGUUCAGCUAGAGGAGACUCAUACCUUCGAAGCAUGGAUGUGAAAGAUACAGAUGGUGCACUUCCAAAUAUUGGUUUACCCUUAACUGGAAAUCAAGAAAACGGCCGCGUUCUGAAAAUUGUUGUGUUUGUCCACGGUUUUCUGGGACAUCAUCUGGACUUACGACUUAUGCGAAAUCAAUGGCUUUUGAUGGAUCCAAAAAUGGAGUUUUUGAUGUCAGAAGUUAAUGAAGAGAACACAACUGGGGAUUUCAGUGAUAUGGGAUUAAGACUGGCUAAAGAAGUGGUUUGUUUUAUUGAAAAGAAAAUGGAUAAAGCUUCGAGGUACGGUACCUUAAAAGACGUUAAGCUCAGUUUUGUGGGUCACUCCAUAGGAAAUGUCAUUAUAAGAUCAGCAUUAGCAGAGAGCACUAUGGAACCAUACCAUAGAUUCCUCCAUACAUAUGUUUCUCUUUCGGGUCCACAUUUAGGAUAUCUCUACAGUUCAAACUCACUUUUCAAUUCCGGAGUAUGGCUGUUAAAGAAGCUUAAAAAUACACCCUGCAUUCAUCAGCUGACUUUCUCUGAUGAUUAUGAUUUAGAAAAUACUUUCUUCUACAAACUUUGCAAGAAAAAGACGCUGGAAAGUUUUAAGAAUAUAAUCCUGCUAUCGUCACCCCAGGAUGGCUAUGUACCUUAUCACUCAGCCCGAAUCGAAAUGUGCCAAGCAUCUUCACAAGACUACUCAAAGAGGGGUCAAGUCUUUCUUGAGAUGCUUAAGAAUUGCUUGGAACAGAUACAUGCUCCAUCCUCGGAGCAACGGACAUUUAUGCGUUGUGAUGUCAACUUUGAUGUCUCGUUGCAGGGUCGAAACUUGAACACUAUAAUUGGACGAGCUGCUCAUAUAGAGUUCUUGGAAACCAACACUUUUGUAAAGUUUAUUAUGUGGUCAUUUCCAGAAUUCUUUUGCUGAAAACCAUUUUUGAGUAACUUUUUCGGCAUUAUGAAGUUAAGAAACUAAUCCUAAAACCCGAUAAUAAGUAUACUUUGAAGCUAGUUUAAUCAUA